AAAGGUAAUGAGAUUUCUGAAUGUGUUUCUCUCACAAAGCAUCCGUUUAACCGGGGGGAGACAUGCUCAUAAAAAUGACGGAACACUAAUCAUCUCCGCAGUGAGUCUCAGCAGUUUUAUGAAAUAAGUUUGUCCCUCAUUACAUGCAGCAACCGGAGUCCGGGAAUGACAUUUGUUGCCACUAGCAGGAUGGAGUGGCUGUUCCAGCGAUGCCAUAAAGAAGUAUUUUUCUCUGGGUUUCGCUCAGUGCUGCUCAUGUCAUGUUUGCUCUGGGCGUGACCAGUGCUGUGCUGUGCUGUGCAGAGAACUCUUGGUCCUGUCCGUGUCCAUGUACCCCGGGUUGUGGUCCAUUGGGGUCCAGCUUCAUUCAGCCUUCACAGGGAGCUACGCACCAGGCCACCACUCCCUUCUUCUUAUCAACAGCCCCAACGAACUGGCAGCUAAAGACAUUGGCAGGGUGAUUAUGGAGAGGCGGCUGGCAGCCAGUAUCAACAUUCUCGCCAGGACCUCUACAAUGUACUACUGGAAGGGUGAAAUCCAAGAUGCAAGUGAAGUUCUGAUGCUGGUGAAAACAAAGACCUCCAGGAUCCAGCAGGUCAUGGAUUUUGUAAGGUCUGUCCAUCCCUACGCUAACCCAGAAGUCCUCAGCUUCCUGGUGGAGGACGGCAGUCUGGCUUACAUGAAGUGGAUGGAUGAAGCCAUUCCAGACGACUGAUACGUUUGUGAAAUCAAAGAAAAGUUCAACAUGGACUGCAGCUGAACAUGGAAAAUGAGCCAUGUGUACAGGUUGAUGUUUGAAGGCUUUGGAUCGAGGGGUUCAGAAAGCAACACUAGUUGCACUAGAUACAUGACAUUUAUACUUUUUGUUGCUCUGACCUUGUCAUAGCAAAUUCCACUACUACUGUGGAGAUUUGAUUUCAACUUUAAAGUAUUUUGUGCCACAUUCUCAGAAGGAACUUACCUCUGUUUGACUGGCAUCUUGUCAGUUUUAAGUCAGUUUGCAAAGUAUAUUAAUCUGGUGUUAACGAUAACAGUACCUCAGCUUUGUGCUAAGGGAUUCUCAGUAAACUCAUUGGUUAAAUACACUCCAAGUUGUCUAGGUUUAGAAAAUAAUAUUGGUAUCAGUACAGGAAUCACCAGUCUGUAUCAUGCAUUUUAGUCCUCACUUUUCACUACAUCAAUGCAUUUUUGCAUAUACAUUGCUGAAGCAUUUAUACAAAUACUGUCUUCUAAAAGCAGUAAUCUUUGAAUAGUGGCAUUUGAUGAACCAUCUCCUCCUCUAUUUUAAUCACAUUUACAUUUAUAUUCUAUUUUAUUUGGUCUAGUUUUACUUAGGUAUUCUUUUAAGAUGACACAUCUCUUUUCCUUUUAACAAACAUUGAGGUUUGCCUUACAGGUUUAAUGGUUUAAAUGAUUAAUAUAAUAAUAGUGUUUCCUUUACUGGAAGGCGGCACACAACUGUCUGCCUUGAGAAAUAGAAUUGUAGUGAAAGGUCGGUGUGUCAUAAAAGAACAAUACUGCUGAAUUUCAGUACAACUCUACUCCAGGUUAGCCCUGUUUGUACCAAUAAAACAUUGAAUACCACCUUGUAGAACCUCAGAGAAAACUACACAGUACUACUGAUAAUACAUUAACAAACAGAUGUGACCGACAACAUUUUGCGUUAUUGUACAUUUUGACCAUUUCUCCAUUGUUUUUAUCAUGAAUAUAUAAAACAUUAUAUCGUUUUGUAUGUAUAAUGAGGGACUGAUGCUGAUCAGAGCAGCCUGGCUAAAUAACUUAAAUUGAAUAACAAAAACAAACAAUCAACACUCUGAUACAGGUGUGCGUUGCAGGGCUUGCCUGAAAAUGUUCUUACUGUGGAAAUAAUAAAGGAUUAUGUUAUUUUAUCUUGUUAACUGGAUCUUUGAUACAUGACCACAGAGGUUUAAUAAAAAAAAAUUAAAAAAGGAAUAUACAUUACAAUAAAUCUGUUACACCAAUCCAUACUGUGUUUGCAGUUACAGGUCAGCCUUGCAUGCUUACCUCAUUAUACAAAAGUAAACUUUAAUCCUCAGUCUGCAGAAAAAGUGUUUCCGGCAUGAGGUCCCAACAAAGAAACUGCAGACCGGGUUUAGUCGUGUGUUGUGUCUAUAGAGCCAGAAUAAUCCUCUGCAUCAGCUCCUGGGAUCAGGCCAUUUGAUGGCGUGUGUGAAUGUGCGCAUUUGUGUGUAUAUGGGCGUACCCAUUCACAUCAAUGCGUGUGUACAAGCCAUGUCACAGGCUAUACUUACAGGAAGUAUGCCUUUGUGAGUUGUUACGGUUGACUAUAACAAAUUCCACUGUAAUAUGAAUAUUGCAUAAAGAUCAAAAGUAUACUGCUAUUUGGUUAGGUGUUCACUAGAUGGUGGUGUUUCAAGGGCAUAAAAAUACUGUUUCUAGACAUUAACAUGUAGAUCCUGCUAUAUUACUGCAGUAUCUUUUUUUUGUCCGAUAUUAUAACAAAAACACAAUCUGCUCAUUUCCCAGCCCAAUAUUUUCAUUCAGGGUUGAGAAGUAAGCUGCAACUACUACCAAGAACUAGUUUGAAAGAAUUUUUGUAAUACUUAAUAUGAAACGACGUUCAAUCUUGUAGUGAGCUUGAAGUUUCAUUUGACUAAAAGCAUGAUGUGUCUUUCCUAUAUUUGUAUCACUAUUAUUGCUAUAAUAAUACCACACUUAAUAAGCACUGCACACACAUAAUUAAACAUUUGAAUAUAAACUCUCACUAUUAAUUAUCUAUCGACUGUACACUGUAAUUCUGUAAAGACCCUCUACAGUUAAUUCAAGCCUAAUUGAUUGAGGCAACUAGAGAAAAAAAACAUAUAUAUGUGUAAUUAAAUUCUCUGUGGGAUGCAGUUAGGAAGAGGAUAAUUAAUCUGAAAGAAACAGACGCUGAUAGCAUGCUCCCACUGAGAAAUCCAAUAAACUGAGGAUAACACACACAAACACACAACUCUCUGAUCGGACAAAGCAAGAAUGGAAAGCUAACCAUUGUGUGUUGUUUUUGCAAAGGUCGGCCUGUAGUGUUGUCAAACUGCGCUUCAAAGCAGGUUAUGGUCAUGGGUAACACAGGCAACACUAUAAACAUUAUCCCUUACAUUAUUAGUAUGGAAAAGGCAGAUCUGAAAGAAGUACUUAAAUCAUUUACUUAAGUGAAAUUAUACAUAGUUUGUCUAAAAAUACUCCAUUACAAGUCAAAGUUAUUUAAUCUUAAUGUUUCUUAAGUAGAAGCAAAUAAGUAUUCAACAAAAUGUACUCAAAGUAUCAAAAGUGAAUGUACUCAUUAUGAACAAUGGCUCUUUUGAAUGUAUUUUAAUAUUGUAGUAUAUUAUAUUAUUGUGUUUUUAUCGCUUUCAAGUAGAUGUAACAGACUGUUUGUGCUUGUCAACAAGUUAUUUUAGCAACCCAUCAACAUAUUUUUCCAAAUCAAC